UGGAGUGCAGUUGCAUGAUCACAGCUCACUGCAGCCUUGAACUCUUGGCCUCAAGCCAUCCUCCCACCUGGGCCUCCAAAGCAUUGGGAUUAUAGGGGUCAGCCACCAUGUUGAGCCCAAACCUUCUUCUUCUAGAACCUUCUGCCAGCUGACUCUACAAUGGGGAGAGCAGGGGGUGACCUCUGUGGGGUUAGCUCAGGCUGGAAGAGAGAGCCCAGAGCUGGUCACAGGGGUGUACAGAGACACCACUUAGUUCUCACCCUUAGCUGCCCAGCCCUUUCUGGGGGUCAAGGCCUCUUUGGCCUGCACUGUCCUUUCUCCGUCAAGUCCUCUUUGGCCUGCACUGUCCUUUCUCCGUCAAGUCCAGCCAUCUUUCCACAUCUUUCUGCUGCCGUUGAAAAACUGAGACCUGAAAUUCGUUCUAAAUCCCUGGGAAGCUCUAGAAGUGGAGAUGGCCAGGUUCUGUGGUCAGGGCUGGUUGGGAUUACAAAUAAACUGAAGCCUGGGAAACUUUCUUGCUAUUAAUAGUGCAGACCUUUCGGGGAGGGAAUACCCAAACUUGAUGCUGUUGGAAUUGAUUUUGCUUGUCCCGAUGACAUACUAAUGAGCUAAGUGGUUAGCUUCAGAUCCUUACUGCUCCUUCCCAAGCCAAGUUCUUUUAAAGACUAAACCACAAAAGCAGAGAACAAAGUUGGUUUAGAAGGCACGGUGGCCCGGCAGGAGAAGGGCGGGCGGGUGGUCAGCUCGGGCCUGCAAACGAGAAAACGCGGGCCGUGCUCGCUCUGGAAUGAGUUGGUUGUGUCGACUCAUUCUAUUUCUUCAACUGGUUAUGCCUUUUUUUUUUUUUUUUCCAGAAGCAGGAAUUAGAUUUGGUGUCUGGUUUGGUGUUUAUGUUUCAUCAGUGUCUUUUGGUUCUUUCCGAGCUUCUGUCCUUGUCUGUCAUGUGUCAGAGAGUGUGCUGUCAACCAUUCUCUCUCUCCAGGGAGAAAGUCUCGCUUAAAACAGCCCCCGAGAUCCUUAUCUGCUCAAAUCACCCACUUUGGUUAUAAUAUCCAUUGUUCUGCUCUUUGCUUCUUGGCGUAUACUAGGCAGUCUAUGUAUACAAUUAGAAAAAACAAAGCAGCCCUCUAUGUCCGAAGUGCCCGGAAUAUCCCAGGGUUUCAGAGGAGACUUUGGAAGUGGACAGAACUGUAUUUCCUUCCCCAAAUGAGGUUAUUGUGCUCGAAAUAUCUCCUUGCAGUUUAUUAAAGGAAACCGCAGGCUGGGGUGAGAGAGGCAGCUCCUGCUGCCUGCAGCCCUGCUGUCGUGGGGAGCCUGCGGCCCCCAGGCCACACGUGGCCGUCCAGAUCCCCAAAUGCGGCCCCUCCACCGAAUCUGGACUUCACAGAACAGAUCCCUUUAUUAAAAGGACUUGUUCUAUAAACGUUGGAUUCACUCGAAAGUCCACACUCAAGGAUCCAGAAGGCCACACGUGGGCCCAAGGCUGCGGGCUCCAUACCCCACUCCCACCCCAUUAAACCCGCUCCCAAAUGUUAGGCCGGCCCCAGUGUGUGUGUGGGGCAGCCCUGCUUCCCUGCAAUGCUCCGGGGCCUGCGCAGCCGUCCUCACUCGUCCCUCUGGAACGUGAGGAAGGAAUUUGGGGUGUGGACUUCCGUGAGCGAGUCUGCAGUCGGAUGAAAAGUGUGUGGGCAAAGGGAACUAUUGUGUGAGGCUUCUCCAGACAGAAAGCCUGCCUUCAUCUUGUACUGCGCCUGACGGACAAUUGAGACAUUCAGCUUGUGUCUGAAAGGAAAGUGGGCCGGGAUGGUCUAGCAGACCUCCCAGACGAGGGCUUGCAGGAGAAGCAAAUAGAGACGAGGAUUACCCACAGGGGGAACGACUGGGGCAGAGUCCUGGGAGAGAAUGUUUAUUUCCUUGCUCUCUAGGAGGGAUUUGGAAAGAGCCAUAAUCCUGGGUUAGGAGUAAUUUGUUACAGCAAGAUGAUACUUGAGUGGCAGGCCGCUUCUGGCUGAGGCAGCAAGACUGUGUGCAGGGGGGUCGUGGGUCAGCUUCACGUAAAUCUUCACCCUGGCUUCGGGGCUUGUUCCUCCCCAGGCAAAAUUAACCAGACGCGCCGUUGACCUUUCGGCUUCCUGGGUGUAGCGUUACGAAGCAUGGCCACAUGCUUGUCACAGCUAGAAUUUGACAAUAAAAAUUUGGACAGGGAGACCUUGCUGGAGCCACCGACUUCUUUCAAAUGUGACAAGAGGGGAAAAAAUGCAGCAUGGGUCUCGGUUUUUCACUGGGAGUGGGAGGACGUGAGCCUAGCCUGUCGUGCGUUUGGUUCCAGUGUAGACAGACUGAAGCAAGUUAAUGCAUUGCUCUUUGGCUGCCAAGGCUUGCGUCGUCUAUUUUUGCUGGGGAAUGGGGGGAAGAAAUACAGAAUGGGGAGGAGAACCUAAUUAGAAGAAUCUGAACCUUGAGAGCUCCCAGCCAGGGAGAAAGAAAGGAAUUUUUAAAAUUCUUGAUUUUAAUAUUUGCUGCAAUCUGAUGAUUCAUGCAUUUCACAGGGUCACCUGGACCCUGUUACUGGCUGGCUUUGUACCUCUCAAAGGUCAUCUGUUGGCUUCAUCUCUGAUUUCCAUGGUAGACCUAAAAUUACUGGCUUUUAAAAUCCCCUGUGUAGUCAGAGGAAGAAACAGCACAUCUUAACUACCUUAGACCUUAUAUAAUUCCUUCCCUUUACUUUGUUCAUGUGGUUGAGGUUGAAUGAAUGGUGUGGAAUUUCAUGCCCAGUUUUUAGGUGGGGAAACUGAGGUGCAGAACAAUCUUGUCUUGCUGAGGACAUGGGGUAGUAGAGUGGUGUGGGACUGGGGCUUCUGAAUUGCCUGUGGUUUUGUUGAUGUACCUGUUCUGCUAUUUGAUUCUGGCCUUCCACCUUGAGACACUUACCUUGCACUUCAGCCUCUUUCCCAUGUUUCCCCAUCAGCACCUUUCAUCCAAGGUGUGCUGUGCUCUCUUUUAUCUUUCAUGAGGUCUAGGAGUUCCCAUGCCUUUGUUACUGUCCCUUCCCAAGAUCCAGCACCAGCCAAAAUCACAUUUGGAAAUGCUUGUUUUCCAAGAAGCUUUGGAGGGCAUGAUUUUGAACAGAAAAGAUUCUCAUGCUUGUUGUUCAUACUUUAGUGGUAGAGUAUAUGGAUAUGUGACUCUGUGUUUUCCCAUCCUCUUUUGUCUCUUAAAUUAGUGAUCCCCAACCUUUUUGGCACCAGGGUCCGGUUUCAUGGAAUACAGUUUUUCCAUGGACCAGGGUGGAGGGAGAGGGCAGGGCUCAGGCGGUGAUGGGAGCAAUGAAUGGGGAACGUGCUUGCCUGCCACUCACCUCCUGCUUUGUGGCCCUGGUUCCUCAGUUUCAUGAAAGACAGUUUUUCCAUGGAUGGGAGUUUGGGGUCAGGGUUGGGGGCCUGUGUCUCAGGUGGUGAUGUAUGGCCUGGUCCCUAACAGGCCACUGACGGGUGGGACUGCAGUCUUGAAUGGGAUCACCAUCAAAGAUGGCACCUACUUCUUCUUUUUUUAAUUCAUUUUAAAUUGAGGUAUAAUUCACACACCAUAAAAUGUACCCAUUUUCAGUGUACAAUCAGUGGUUUUUAGUAUAUUCCCAAGGUUGUGCAAACAUCACCACUAUUUCCAAGAAUAUUUUCACAACUCUGAAAAGAAACCACCUACCCCUAGCAGUCAUUGUGGACUCCUUCCCCCAGCUUCUGGCAAUCUCUAAUUUACUGUCUGUCUCUGGAGUUGCCUAUUGUGGAUAUUGUACAUAAAAGGUAUCGUACAAUAGGUGACCUUUUUGUCUUCUUUAAGUUAGCAUAGUGUUUUCAUGGGUCAUCCAUGUUGUUGUGGCGUGUGUCAGUACUUCCUUCUUUUGUACUACUGAAUAAUAUUCCAUCUUAUGGAUGCACCAUGUUUUAUUUAUCCAGCCAUCAGUGGAGACCUGGUACCUUCUUAUCCCAAAAUGUUUCAUACUCAGCUCCCAGGGAAACCCACGUGUCCCCAGCUCCCUUCCAGCGAUUUUGCUGGUCUCCGGCUGCCUGUGUUGGCCUCAGCAUGCUGUAGAGACACAGGCCGUAACUGAAACCUUCCAAUUAACUGGACUGUACUUGGCCUUUUUAUAAGGAGCAGUAAUAGAAAACGUGGUGACCACAAGGUUGACUUUAAAAUGAAAGAUUGUAAACGUUUUUCUGCCUAAAGAUGGAUGGCCUCUGGCCUGCAAGGGGUUCCCCCAGCAUCUUGUAAGCAUUCAUUAUUUGUUAGUCACCACUGGGGGGGGGGCACAGGGAGGGAGCUUGCCUUGCUCCAUGUGGAGGCUCAAGACUGGGGGACCUGCUAGAGCAAGAUGGGAAGACAAGGGCUCCUCCUUUCGAACUCUUCCAGUGGCUUCAUGUCCUUUGACCCCUGGCUUCGGGAUUUGGGUGCUUGUGGCAGAGCUGACAAGCCCUUUUAGUGGGACUCAGUCUUGGAGCUGCCUGAAGACAUUGAGACGGCUUGUCCUGGGCUGCUUGUGAGCCUGUGUCCCAGGCUGGCUUCCCAGUGCCCCCCCUUCCAUGGGUGCUGCACUGUUGUACCUUCUUCACCCUCCCAGGGGGAUGGCUCUCCUGCCUGGGCGCCGCUUGCCCGUCUACUCAGUCUCCUGGGAGUUCACGCAUGGUCAGCGGGAAGGCUCUGCAGAGUGCAGGUGGAGGAGUUCCGGCCUGGGCACCCCCCAGCCCUGCCUGCAUUCUGUUUCGGAAUCCCUCGUACUCGCCUAUGACUAAGUCACUUAAUUUUCUCCGCCUCACUUUCUUCUGUUUUAAGAUGGAUUUGGAGAUUAUUGGCUUUGACCCUCUAAAAAGGAUAUAGUGACAAUCAGUUUAGAGGUUUAAAAGAGCCUUUGAGGAAGUAAGGUGCAAUCUGCAGAUACGCUUGCCUACUCAUUAUAGCUCUGAUAGUUGAUGCUAAUGACCCAUCAGAAUUGCCUGGUGAGUUGGAAAAAAAAUAUACAGAUCCCUGGGCCAUUCCCAGGUAUUUUGACUUAGUAGAUCAGGAGAAAGUCCCUCUGAACUAGCCAGUGAGGUUUGGGUAGCAUGGGACAAUGUCAUCAUCAUUAAUUAAAUCAUUCUUACGAUUUCUACCUACCUUCUUUGUGUUAGUUCCUGCCCCACUGAUUACCUUAUUGUGCCACUGACUGUAUCUUAGAUGACUUUUCUAGGCCUUAGAAUAUCUAGUCCGCACCUGACACAGAGCACAUGCUUUCUAGUAAAUGCUGCAGGAACCUGCGUGUUGGAGUAGAAGAGGAUUUUUAGAUCAUGUCCCCCAAGUUCCUACCGUAGACUUAGGCCCAGAGCGGGGAAGAGGUUGCCUAGUGAAGAAGUGAAGUGACGUGCCCAGUUAGUGGCAGAGCUGGGCCUAGAAAACAGGUUUCCAGACUCUUCCUCUCCACUGUGCUUUUCCGAGGAGCACAAAGAUAUAAUUUGAAUAGUGACUUUUGGGGGAGGGUGGAAGGAAUGCCUGGGCCUCCUCCCCUCCCCCAGUCUAAGGGACCCAUUUGGGCCUGGUGAAGCUCUAUCCAGAUGGCAUAUCCGUGAGCUGCCAUACCAUAGCCUGGCAGAUGCAAAGAUAGCUCAGGUGCAGGGCUGUGGCAGGCUUGGCAGGGUGAAGAAAUGGUGAAUCCCAGGUUUUGGUUAUUGGGGUUUUUGUUUGUUAGUUAUUUGAUUGUUUUGCUUUGUUUUCCCAUCCUACCAGUGGCCUCAGUAGCUCUGGUAGAAAAAUCUCCUUAGAGGAAAAUAAUUCAGCGUUUGUCCAUGGACUGGGGGUGGGGGGGAAUGAUAGCUGUAGGAGAAGGAUUGCUUAUUACCUGCAGGACACUGUGAGAUGUUCCCUUAGCUGUGUACCUUGAGACACUGGUCUCUACUGGAGUUCAGGCAGGAAUGCCUGACAGUUGAUAGGAAAACCAGGAAAGGUGAAGGGGAGUUGCAAAGUAAGUCAGGAUGAGAUAGGAACACACUCAGUCUCCUCUAGACACUUUGGUCUAGGGCCCUGUGCUCUUGACUGCCAGCCACCCUUGUGGCCUCAAGCAAAUGGGGUCUUGCUGUACGGGCCUUCGUUUCUUCCUUGCUGACAUGUUAGUUCCACCUUUCUGCUUUUAUUUCUUAGGGUUAUUGUGAAUGUAGUUUUGAAUACUAAAAUACUCUCCAAAUAGGAAAUGAUACUAUUAUUAAGGUCCUUUAGAUUAUUAUGAUUAAAAAUGUUUAUGUGAAAAAGGUUACCUGUAAGGAUUUCAUUUAAAACCUUAAAUAGCCAUCCCAUAGAGACAGAGGAUAAGGCUGUUAAAUUGUUUUGCCUCGGUGCCCCACUCUACUCCCCCCAUAUUCCUUUCAUGUGAGAAAUGGGGUAGUGAUUGUAAGGGAAAAAUUUCUGAUUUCCUACUAUGCUGGUUCUGUUUUUUGUUUGUUUGUUUGUUUUCUGUUUUUAAAGUCAACCCUAACGUCUUAGUGAAUUUUUCUGUGGCUUUAUUCCUUCUCCAAGGCCAGAGUCUACUCGGCCUUCUGAGACCUUUACUUUUCUUUUCCUGGAUAACUAUGGUACAUACUUAUGUUAAACCCUAACAACCAGAAAUUACACAUUCCUGAAUUAUUUUUCUAUGCAGUCACACUUUAUAGGCAAAUAUAGCCUCUUUAAUUAGAGCCUUUAUCUUAGGCUCUCAGGAUUUUUCAGAAGAAGCAAUUCCUGGAGUACGUUUUAACCUAGGACAAAGCAGCCUAAUCUCCUAUACCUUCUGCAUCUGCAGAAAAAUUGGUCCAGCAGACUUUGUAAUGCUGCCCCUUAGGGUUCUGAAGGGACUUCUGAAAUAGUUCCACACAGUUUUAGUAUUAGGUAUAUUUGAUCAGUACUAAUUUUUUGGAAAACUUUGGUGUCUGCAUGAUUCAGAGGAGGGUAGGGCAGGAUACUAAAUUAAUCAUAGCUUCUUAUGUUUUAACCAUUCUGGGUACAUUGGGAGCCCCUGACGCCCAGGUAAAGUUACUUGGUUAUAGAAAAUGGGCUGAAUUUUCAUCUUCCAUUUCUUAAAAAUGAAGUAGGUUCAGAGAGAGACAAUCAAGCUUGUUCUUUAACAGAUUAUGUAUAUGUAUGUAUAUUAGAUGUGCCUCAUUGUAUGAGCUCCUGAAGAAAUAGGUAUCUGCUAUUGGCUUGGAUACUUGUGCUUCCUAUUUUAUUACUUAGUAAGUUUUUCUCUUUAUGAUGAAGUGAAAAUAUGGAGUAUUUUCCUCUUUAUGAUGAGUGGCUUCUGGUGGCCUUUUCUUUCAUAAAGUUUAAUGAUGUGAAGAUCACAAUCCCGGUGCACCCUUCUGCGAGGGACUUUCGUAGGGAGUCAGUAUGAAUGGGCCCACGGCCAGGCUGCAGGGCAGGGUGGGAGUGGUCACCUUGAAGGGAAGGAAGACCAAUAACUGACCACAAUGGGCCAUGGCUGGCUGUACCCUCAGUUUUCAAUGUAUAGGCAGAGCAUGGACCUUCCAUUUUAUCAGAGACACAACAUGUACAAUGUUCUGGCACUGGUGAAUCAGGGAGACUUAACAGUGGGGAAAAUCCAUCAUGACGAUGGUAUCCAAUUAAUUUGGUUUCUCAUAAAACGAACUUUCCUAUGAAAAAACACCCUUCGUCACAGAUGCUUGGGUGGAAAGGCUGUGUUUUUGUUGUUGUUGUUUUGUCCUUUGACAAAAUGAGAGCUUGUUGCCCCCGGUUGAUAGGCUUUCUUUUCUUUUGUUUUCUAUUAAAAUAAUUAUAUUUCUUUUUGUUUUUUUAUUUACUUUUUUUCAAUCUUUUUUUUUUUUUCCUACAAUCCAUGGAGCUGAAUGAUAGGCUUUCUACAGGACCUUUUCUGGAAGAGACCAGUUUCGUGUCCAUUGAAUGGUCUGUCCAGGCCCCACGGUGUCCCUUUUCCCACCCUGGACUCUGCGUCCUUCUUCUGUCUCUUGGUGGCAGGCAGGGUUGGCACAACGUGGCUUCAUCCCAGCUUUGUUACAUGUGAAAGGUGUAGUUGGAAAGCUCUGAAGAGAGUGGCACCUGCACCUACAGACUUGAUUCCAAAACAGCCGCAGCGCUUCUUCGCCCAGGACCUGAGGAAGUUCUGCCUGGGAUCCGGUGACAUCUGACACGUCCCGGUGCCUUCCCGGGAAGUGGUAUCUCCAGAUGAAAUGGCCACUGCUUGAUGUCCAGGCAGGGAGCCUCCAGAGCAGACAAGCCCUCAAGGAUGCCCGGUCGCCGUCGCCAGCACACAUUGUCCAGAGCCCCCGCCCUUGCUGCACUCAGGGACAUGACUGUCAGCACUUCUAUCCCCCCUCAGACUUCACUGUCAGCACUCAAGUCUUCAGGGACAUGAAAAGGAGCCACUCCUUACAAAAAGUUGGGGACGCCUGGUGCGUGGAGUCGAACAAAGUGCCAGUGGUGCAGCACCCUCACCAUGUCCACCCCCUCACGCCGCUUAUCACGUACAGCAACGAACACUUCACCCCGGGAAACCCACCUCCACACUUACCAGCCGACGUAGACCCCAAAACAGGAAUCCCACGGCCCCCGCACCCUCCAGAUAUAUCCCCGUAUUACCCGCUGUCACCCGGCACCGUAGGACAAAUCCCCCAUCCGCUAGGAUGGUUAGUACCACAGCAAGGUCAGCCCGUGUACCCAAUCACGACAGGAGGAUUCAGACACCCCUACCCCACAGCUCUGACUGUCAACGCGUCCAUGUCCAGCUUUCUGUCUUCUAGGUUCCCUCCCCACAUGGUCCCACCUCAUCACACUCUGCACACGACCGGCAUUCCCCAUCCGGCCAUAGUCACGCCGACAGUCAAACAGGAAUCCUCCCAGAGUGACGUCGGCUCACUCCAUAGCUCAAAGCAUCAGGACUCCAAAAAGGAAGAAGAAAAGAAGAAGCCCCACAUAAAGAAACCUCUUAACGCAUUCAUGUUGUAUAUGAAGGAAAUGAGAGCAAAGGUCGUAGCUGAGUGCACAUUGAAAGAGAGCGCGGCCAUCAACCAGAUCCUCGGGCGGAGGUGGCAUGCGCUGUCCAGAGAAGAGCAGGCGAAAUACUACGAGCUGGCCCGGAAGGAGCGACAGCUUCACAUGCAGCUGUACCCCGGCUGGUCCGCGAGGGAUAACUAUGGGAAGAAGAAGAAGAGGAAAAGGGACAAGCAGCCGGGAGAGACCAAUGAACACAGCGAAUGUUUCCUAAAUCCUUGCCUUUCACUUCCUCCGAUUACAGACCUGAGCGCUCCUAAGAAAUGCCGAGCGCGCUUUGGCCUUGAUCAACAGAAUAACUGGUGCGGCCCUUGCAGGAGAAAAAAAAAGUGCGUUCGCUACAUACAAGGUGAAGGGAGCUGCCUCAGCCCACCCUCUUCAGAUGGAAGCUUACUAGACUCGCCUCCUCCCUCCCCCAACCUGCUAGGCUCCCCUCCCCGAGACGCCAAGUCACAGACUGAGCAGACCCAGCCUCUGUCGCUGACCCUGAAGCCCGACCCCCUGGCCCACCUGUCCCUGAUGCCGCCGCCACCCGCCCUCCUGCUCGCCGAGGCCGCCCACGGCAAGGCCUCCGCGCUCUGCCCCAACGGCGCCCUGGACCUGCCCCCCGCCGCCCUGCCGCCGCCCCUGCCUUCGCCCCUGCCGCCCGCCGGCCCCUCCGGGCCCCUGGCGCAGCCGGCGACCUCUUCCUUACAUUCCCACGGCCCCCUGGCCGCGCCCCAGCCCCAGCCGCUCUCCCUGGUCACCAAGUCGUUAGAGUAGCUAGCGUCGCCAGCCCCUGGCUCUGUGUCGUGUCUGUCCCGCUCUUCUUUCUUCGCGCCCUCCUCCCCGCCCGCCUUCGAAAGGUUUUGUUUUGUAACUCUCUUCAUUUCGUGCCGCGUGGCUACAUUAGUUGAUGUUUAUCGAGUUCAUUGGUCAAUAUUUGACCCAUUCUUAUUUCAAGUUCUCCUUUUAAAUAUGUAGAUGAGAGAAGAACCUCAUGAUUCUACCAAAAUUUUUAUCAACAGCUGUUUAAAGUCUUUGUAGCGUUUAAAAAAUAUAUAUAUAUACAUAACUGUUAUGUAGUUCGGAUAGCUUAGUUUUAAAAGACUGAUUAAAAAACAAAAAGGAAAAAAAAAAAGAAGAAGAAGAAGCAAUUUUGAAGCAGCCCUCCAGAAGGAGUUGGUUCUGUAUUAUUUGUAUUAAAUACGAGCUUGCGAACCAAUCAUUUUACAUCUGGUUUUUAAACCAUAAGGGCACGAGGAAUGCAGUGCCGUUACUUUUUUUUUUUCUGUGUGAAACAACUUUUAUUGUGAUGUUACUUGUUCUUGUUUAAAUGUACAGAAACAAAGGGUUAAAAUGUGUUAAUAUACCUUGUUCCAUGGUGGUGUUCUUUUGGGGGGAGGGGGAUGCUACUCCACAAUUAAUGGAAUCACAAGCUGUCGGGCCAGUAGUAUUUAUUGCUUUAGAGAUUGCUUGUUGUACCUGUAUGUUGUCCCUUUUUAAAUAUGUUUUCCUUUUUCUUGAAACUGUAUAAAGUUUUUUUCCCCCCUUAGCAUAAGCAUCUUAUAUAUAACAACUCAUUUGUACAAGGUUUUUAAGUUUAUAUAUAAAAUGUGUAUAUAUAUUUUUUGUUUCCCUUUUUGACUUUUUUUUUUUUUUUGCUGUAUGAAACCCAGAUGCCACCAAAUGGACAUUAAUAGUUGCAUUAAGGAUCAGUAGCAUUAACAAAAGUUGCUUUAAAAGCCAUUAUGUAAAACAAGACUUGAAAAUUAGUGAGGGAAUUUUAGCAACGCUGUACAAGCAGCAGCGAGAACCAUCCUUGUUUCCCCUUUGAACUCCCAGUUGGAUGCCCUGCGCCCUUAGGACAUGGACUGACCGUGUGCAAAACUUUAUGUGCCAAAAUUCUCAGUGACUUUAGCUUUCUCCCUCUUUUUGAUGCUGUAAUUUUUGUUCAUCAUGUUUUGCUGUGAUGUUACAUAGGUAGAUUUGUAUGUAGUUUUAAUGUCACCUAUAACAAAAUGUGUUUGGUAGCAGAUUGUCCAGAAAGCAUUUUAAAUGAAGAGGUAUAAACCCUUAAGGGCCAAAAUUCUGUAUAUUAGAUUACUCUUAAAUGAAAAACCAGCUGCCACUUUUAUGUACACAUACGACAUACAAGUAGGUAGCAAACUUUAAAAAUAAAACAAACCUAGGCAUGUUGAUGUUGCAAAAUGCUGUAUAAAGCUGAAACCUGUUCAUUCAGUGCCAUUGUAGUUGACAUGAAGCGAUUGUAAAACUGUCUCCGAUUUUUCUCUGGUUUAUUAAAAUGCUAACUAUAACAUUUUUUGUGAAUACUUUGAAUGUUUCCUAACAGUUGUGAUGUUACUGUUCCGUUUUAUGCUCUUAUUCCAAGUUCAUUUUUAAUGGUUUGGAAGCCAUUUUUGUAAUGAAUAAAUGUUCAUGCUGUACAGUAUCUGUAGCAUGCCGUUCUGGAUUAAUAAAAGCAACUUAGUAUGUGCAGAUAAA